CGCUGCAGAAAGAGGAAUUGGGUGAUUAUAAUAAUCCCUUUUCUGAUCGUUCUGUGUGUUCGAAUGUACUACUGGACGGCACAGCUUCCUCUUCCUGCUCCACUGGAGCUGCCCUUUGACCCUUGCAAAGGCAAAAUUGCCAACGAUACCAUCACGGCGUUGAAAUACAACAAAACCUUCAUUGUCUCCGCGUAUCAUGACAACAGGGAACAAAACGUCACCCGUAUGGUUGCGAUUGUGAACUACAAGAAAGUGGAGGACCUUUACUGCUGGUUUUGCUGCAGCCUCAGUGGCCGAGUCUCGGUCAUAAGAGCAGCCAUAACUGUUCACCAGGACAGAGUCACCUCUCGUUUUGGUCCGGCCGAAAUCGUGUGUUUGGAGCCACAGCUCUGCUACCCAAAAUACGUGUCCGUUCAUUCGUCCCCAAAAGGCCAAGCCAAAGAGCUGCCAAGCUUUGAGAUCCGGAACUUUUGGCCGAGGUUCUCCUUUUUUUCUGCCGAAUUCACUCUUUGCCUCUCUGUCAUGUUCGGAAACUACAGCAACGUCUUACAAUUCAUCCAAAACGUGGAAAUGUACAAAAUCCUUGGGGCGCAGAAAGUGGUGGUCUACUUACACAACUGCAGCCAGAUGAUGGAACAAGUCCUGGAUUUUUAUGUUGCGGAAGGCACCGUUGAGGUGAUUCCGUGGCCGAUUGAUUCGUAUAUUAAUUUCUCGUAUUUCUGGUACUCCCAUAAAGAUUGGCUGUAUGGGAAAGCCGUUGUUCUGAACGACUGCAUCUACCAGAAUAUGUACAGGAGCAAAUACGUCGUUCUUAACGACAUCAACGAAAUUAUUCUACCUAUUCAAGACCUGCGUUGGCGUACGAUGAUAAACAGCCUGGAGCAACAGAAUCCAGAGUCAGGCAUUUUCCUUUUCGAAAGCAAUUUCUUUCCACAAAACGUAUUUUCUGCUCUCGAUAGCGAUUUCAACGUUUCCUUGUGGAAAACCGUCCCGGGAACCAACAUUUUGCAGCACAUUUACAAAGAACGCAACAGAGUCUGGCUCAACAGCCCAAGGCGGAUGAUUGUCAACCCAAGGAAAGUGGUGCAAACUUCGUCCGACUUCAUUCUCAGGGGUUACAGUCGAACGAUGGACGUUCCCAAAGAUAUCGGGAUCCUUUACAAUUGCAGAGAACACCGCGAAAAUGAGAUCCCCGACCAAUAUCUCAUUAGGGACACAGCAAUCCAAAGGUUUGGCAAGCCUUUGGUUAAGAGCGUCAAUGAAGUGCUUGCGAGACUGUUCCCAAAAAAGACAUCUGAUUCAAACAAAUAUUUGGAACGAUUUGUCAGUAUCUUAAAAUAGACCCUUCUACAUGUACAAGUUGCUAUUUCUGUUGGAAGAAAUAGGCACUUCAUUUGGUUGUUGUUUACAGUGGCUACGUUUUUGUUUGUUUGCUUUGUGCAUGACAGAGUCAACAGAAAACAUAAUUUGAUAGCUGUGAUUGACUGAAUGAUAGAUUAACACAACCACAAUUUUUUUGUCAAUGGAUUCCCAGACCGUUCACAGCUUCUUUAAAACUUGUCACAAGCUCUGCAUCUAUAAAACUAUAUUAAAGAGUUCAAUGCUAUGGCUGAGAUGAAUCAGUAUUUUGUG